GUGCACGGCGCACACUUCAUUCUACGGCAGCAAACCAGCGCAGCGUACGUAGUUGACAUGGCUCAAGGUAAACAGAAAUUUAAAGCCCAACGGCCUGGCGGCGGUAAGAAACAACAACACAAGCAGAAAGGCCCAAAGAAAGGAGGGAGGAUAAUCGCCCCCAAGAAAACGCAAGUGGUCCAACAACAGAAACUCAAAAAGGGUCUGGAGGUGGCCAUCAGGAAUAAGAUUGAGCAGGAGGUGACCCAGAAGGCCAGCACCUCCAUGCACAAGAGACUCAACGUGCUCAAGGCACCCGCUGCAGCCUCCUCCAAACCAGCCAAUACUGCUGCUGGUGGGGGAUCUAGCAAAUAGCACACACACACACACACACACACACACACACACACACACGGCCAUGAACUAGAGACUCAACAGGUCCCCAUAUGCCUGCUCCUGCACACAUCAAAUAACACACACACACACACACACACACACACACACACACACACACACAUACACAACCAUGGACAAAGUUGGAACUGUUUUGAAAGUGUAGAUUCAUUAUAAGUAUCUGAGCAUCUGUCUCAAUGAGAUGGAAGUCUGAAGUCAGAUUUUUCUUUUGUAAUAAUUUUAUUUCUCUUUGAAUUUGUGUAUGUGGACCUGAAUAUUGCAAAUGUGCCUGUGGAUGUUUUAUUGGUGUGCUUUUACAAUAUGGCCACAAGGUGGCACCAGAAUAUGGUCCUCUCUCACUAACAUGCAGCACAGAGGAACGUUGUACAGAAAUCUUGUUUUGUGAAAAUACACAUUAAAUAUUAUAAUCAAACGGA